GGCGCUCACUUGAUGUGCUUAAACAAGCAAGCCGUGCGGUGCCGCGGUGCGGUACGAAACGGCCGCGGCAAGUUAAUCAGUCGCAGCCGCGGGACAGCACAGGCAGGGCGGACGGACGCCUUUGGCGCCACCCAGACCACAAGCAACGGCGGGACCCCGGCCCGGCCCGCCCACUUGGCCACAGCUGGCAGGCGGACCCGGUCCCGGUCCCGCGCCCCCGCCCAAUGCCGCGGCACCACGUGGCGCGCGCGGGCCCGGCCUCAUAAUUCAGUCGCACGUACGCCGGCCCCACACGCCAGCAUCUCGCGCCCGCGCACGACGACGACGGGCCGGAUAAAUACGGACUCCGGACGCGCUCACGAACACGAACGGGGCUUUUCUUCCUCUCUGGUCAUCGUCGGAGCAGCAGCAAUCACCGGCGUUGAGAAGGCGGCGGGGCUACGAAUCAGUGAGCUGGAGGUCUUGACCAUGGAGGCGGAGGUGCAAGCGCGCGAGGAGGUGGAGGAGGAGGAGGAGGAGGUGGCGUGCGAGUGCUGCGGGUUCACGGAGGAGUGCACGGCGCCGUACAUCGCCGGCGUGCGCUCGCGGUACGGCGGGCGGUGGAUCUGCGGGCUGUGCGGGGACGCGGUGGCCGAGGAGAUGUGCAGGGCCUCGCCGCCGGUGUCGCCCGCGGAGGCGCUGGACCGCCACGCCUGCGUGUGCGGCGAGGGGCGCCGCGCGUCCGCUCCCCCGUCGCCCGGCGACGAGCUCAUCGCGGCCCUGCGGCUGCUGCUCCGCCGCAGGCUGGGCUCGCCGUCGCCGCCGAGGCUGGUCCGCUCCACGCCGAGCAGCCCGAGGCGCGACGCCGUGGCCCCCGCCGCGGCCGCGGGCGCCGGGCCCGGCGCCGGCUGCCCGCUCGCGCGCACCGAGAGCUGCUUCGCCGCGCUCGUGGAGUAGCGAGCGUCCAAGAGGCCCAAACCGAGGCCUCCCCGGAAAAUCAAAAAAAGAACCUGAUGGUAGUCUCUUCUUUUAGUUUCCUUUUUUGCAAUUUUCCUUCGUCCUCUGUAAAUAUGCAUGCCAUGUAUUGAUCCCGUUUCUAGCUUAGGAUGAUGCAGCCGUGAGAGGAAUAAAACCAAUGUGUACAGAGUGAAUACAGUAACAAAAAAUAUGACCAAAUGGAAGUGGAAGUAAUUCCAUGUGUUUAUCAUCA